UUUUGAUACUUUACAGAGCAGCUAACAUGUUGUGAUUUCCUUCCCGGAUAUUUCCUGUCCUCUGCUUCCUCUCAGAGGAAGAGGAGGAGGAGGAGGAGGAAGAGGAGGGCGGACACUCAGCAUCCUCCAGCCUCCGCCCGCCUCUCUGGCUCUGCCUCCAUCCGACACGGCGCUGGAUCAGACCUGCAGGGGGGUGGGGGGCAGAAAAACACACUGCGGAAAGAGGGCGAUGGCCGCCGGUGGAGGAUGCGGGGAAUCGGUGGAUCAGUACCGGGCCGAGGUGGAGAGGCUCACGCAGGAGCUGGCCGAGGCCAACCGGGAGAAGAUCCGGGCUGCGGAGUGCGGGCUGGCCGUCCUGGAGGAGAACCAGGCGCUGAAGCAGAAAUAUGCAGAGCUGGAAGCCGACCAGGAGACCCUCCGGAAGGAGCUGGAGCAGCUACAGGAGGCGUUCGGUCAGGCCUACACCAACCAGCGCAAGGUGGCAGAGGAUGGAGAGACCAUUGAGGAGACGCUGCUGCAGGAGUCAGCCUCCAAGGAGGCGUAUUACAUGGGCCGGCUGCUGGAGCUGCAGACGGAGGCGACGCUGAGCCGCUCGGUGGCGUCCAACGCUCAGGCGGAGAACGAGAGGCUCAACGCGCUUCUGCAGGAGCUGCGAGAGAGCAACGAGAUGCUGGACCUGCAGCGCAGCAGGAUGAGGGAGGAGAUCAAGGAGUAUAAGUUCAGGGAGACGCGUCUCCUCCAGGACUACAGCGAGCUGGAGGAGGAGAACAUCACCCUGCAGAAGCUGGUCUCCACGCUCAAGCAGAGCCAGGUGGAGUAUGAGGGGCUGAAACAUGAAAUCAAAGUUCUGGAGGAGGAGACGGUCCUCCUCAACAGCCAGCUGGAGGACGCUCUGCGUCUGAAGGACAUCUCAGAGGGACAGCUGGAGGAAGCGCUGGACGCCCUGAAGACGGAGCGCGAGCAGAAGAACAACCUGAGGAAGGAGCUGGCCCACCACAUCAGCCUGAGCGACAGCGUGUACGGGGCCGGGGCCCACCUGGCGCUCACCGUCACCGGCGUCGAGGGCCUCAAGUUCGCCGAGGAGACCGGCGGCGGCGGCGGCAACGUUCCCAACGGCGGCGCCAUCCCUGCUGCCAACGGCAACAUGGAGGACAGCAACCGCUGCAACGGCCACCUGCACCACGGCCCCGUCCUGGCCAAGGCCAGCGGGGAUUACCGCGCCGGCAGGAAGGCGGACGGCCUGGUGCCGGACCUGUUCAGCGAGCUCAACCUGUCCGAGAUGCAGAAGCUGAAGCAGCAGCUGCUGCAGGUGGAGCGUGAGAAGGCGGGUCUGCUGAUGACCCUGCAGGAGUCGCAGACCCAGCUGCAGCACACGCAGGGCGCCCUGACGGAGCAGAACGAGCGCGUCCAUCGCCUCACCGAAAACGUCAACGCCCUCAAACACCUGAACGCCGACAAGGAGCUGGACGACCCGCAAGAGAGCGAGAAGCCAGACGGCGGCUCCCCGUCGUCCAACGGCCACCUCGACCCUGACAUCCACGGGUUUGAGAUCCUGGAGUGUAAGUACAAGGUGGCGGUGACGGAGGUGAUCGACCUGAAGGCCGAGCUCAAAGCCUUAAAGGAGAAGUACAACCAGGCGGUGGAGGGCCAGGGAGACUGCCACAACGACGACCGGGUCCAGGCGCUGACUGAGCAGGUUUCCCAUUUGGAGCAGAGCUACCGUGAGAGCCGGGAGCGCGUGGCUGGCCUGGAGGCCGAGCUGCGCGCCGCAUCACACACGGCGACGGAGAGCCAGAGCAUGCUGAACGCGGCGCAGGACGAGCUGGUGACCUUCAGCGAGGAGCUGGCGCAGCUCUACCACCACGUCUGCCUCUGCAACAACGAGACGCCCAACCGCGUCAUGCUGGAUUACUACCGGCAGAGCCGCAUCACACGCAGCGGCAGCCUGAAGGGCCCCGAGGAUCCGCGGGCGCUGCUGUCUCCCCGCCUGGCGCGCCGCCUCGCCGCCGUGUCCGCAGCCUGCUCGCCCGACUCCCCGCGCAGCCCAAUGGACUCUCCGUCCAGAGACGCCCACCACAGCAACGCGGCGGGCAACACGGCGGGCGGCGUGGCAGACUCGUCGUCCUGCCACAGCAGCCCCAUCCAUAACAUCGGCGGCUCGCCCUCCAUCAGCAUAUCCCGCUGCCCGUCUCCGGUGCCGUCGGACGCGGGCGGCGACCUGCGGAGGGAGCCGAUGAACAUCUACAACCUGAACGCCAUCAUCCGAGACCAGAUCAAGCACCUGCAGCGGGCCGUGGACCGCUCGCUGCAGCUGUCCCGGCAGAGAGCUGCAGCCAGGGAGAUGGCCACCAUGCUGGACAAGGACAAGGAGUCGUGCAUGGAGGAAAUCCUGAAGCUCAAGUCGCUGCUCAGCACCAAGAGGGAGCAGAUCGCCACGCUGCGCCUCGUCCUCAAGGCCAAUAAACAGACAGCAGAAAAUGCCCUGGCUAACCUGAAGAGCAAGUAUGAAAAUGAAAAGUCAGUGGUGACAGAGACCAUGAUGAAGCUGAGGAACGAGCUGAAGGCUCUGAAGGAAGACGCUGCCACCUUCUCCUCUCUCAGAGCCAUGUUCGCCACGAGGUGUGAUGAGUACGUCACCCAGCUGGACGAGAUGCAGAGGCAGCUGGCCGCAGCAGAGGACGAGAAGAAGACGCUCAACUCCCUCCUCAGGAUGGCGAUCCAGCAGAAGCUCGCCCUGACGCAGCGGCUGGAGGACCUGGAGUUUGACCACGAGCAGAUUCACCGCGGCCGCGGCGCCAAAGUGCCCAAGAUAAAAAGCAGCCCACCCAAAUUUUUUGUAGAUUGUCAGCAGCCUUCUGCCUCAGUACCGACAUUCUCCCCACAACUAAGGCGAGGGAGAGCCUCCUUAGCCCGCAGGUAACCCGCUAGAGAAGCUGCUGGCCUUCUCACACCUCUGCAUCUGGAUAAUUGGUCCUGCAUGUUCUCUGCAGUCGCACUGUAGCAGUUUAUGAAUAAAACACGGCAUCAAAAUGAUCCACUUUUCAUUCCAGGGUUGACGAUUUUCUCCCUUUGCAUGUGUAAUUUUGCAUGGCAGUUAUCUUUAGAUGCUUAUUUUUCCACUUGGAGCUUGGACUCAACCGUCUACAUUUGUCCCAGAAACUAAAUUUACUCAUUUGUGAUGUUAAAAACAGCGAUGAGAAUUUGAUUUUCAAAGCAAUUACCCAUGAAUUGUGCUGAUUUCUGAUCCUCGGCAUCUACUCCAGUCUGCUUUGGCCGGGCAGAAAGACAAAUGGAGACAUUAACGUUCUUUUUCACACUUAUUACAUUUUAAAUAUGAAUCCAUGCUCAGACGCAAUCCCUCCUUUUCUGCAUCUUUUGAUUUGCUUUUCCUGCAGACGGUCUCUUCCGAGAACGACAGUGUUGCAACUUCCAUCCAGGAAUCUUUAGCCAGUUGACAGUUUUGUAAUAGUUAUCCACUGAUAAUUCCUCGCUGGUCGGAUUAGCGCUCCGUAUUCAUGGUUCAAAAACCAGCCAAAAGGUUUUCCUUCAGCGAAGACGGAGCCGCUUGAAUCUCUUUAUCGUCUGUGUUUAGUUACAAAAUGGAGGCUGAUGGACAGGAAAGUUUACAAAACUUUUAAAAUUGAUUUUAAAUCAUCAUAAAGGAGAAUGAAGAAUCGUUUUUUUUGGCACACGGCCCACAAAAAGUCGUUUGAUCAAACCCAGCAGAGGAUUUGCUUUGUGUAUCCAAGGCAACAGCUGAGGCCUCUACAUGUUUGUAUCUGUUGUGUUUUUGUUGUCUUUCUUUCCAGUCGUGCUUUGAAGUUAAACUUUUAUCGAAUGGUUUUGGGUCCUGAUGGAUGCAGAAAGAAGAAAAACACAUUUUUC